AUGAAGAAUCGAGGGAAAAAGAGGAAAUUUGGAACUAGUGUCAACAUAGAAGAGAAUGAGAGUGAAUGUUAUGCUAAGAAAGGGCAGAAGAAGCUCCUUAUCCUUGACAUGAAUGGAAUUUUGGUCCACAUUGUUCGUUGCUAUAUUACUUCUCAUUUUGCUCAAUUUGAUAAAGAGUUUAAGGAUAAAAAGGUUUACAAGAGGCCACAUUGUGACGAAUUUCUAGAGUUUUGCCUCCAGAAAUUUGAUGUUGCUAUAUGGUCAUCAAGAACUAAGAAUAAUUUGCAAAUGGUGGUUGAUAUGUUUCAUGAUCUUCAAACCAAGUUGAUUUUUUGUUGGAGCCAGGAGGAAUGCAAAAACAUUUCAAGAAUUGGAAAACCAGUAUUCAUCAAGCAACUUGCGAAAGUGUGGGAAAAAUACGCACAAUAUAAUGAAACCAACACAUUGCUUGUGGACGAUAGUCCAUAUAAAGCGAUCUGCAACCCGGCCAACACUGGAAUCUUUCCUUUGAGUUGUGACUGUGCAAGAUUUGAUGACAACUCACUUGGACUUGGAGGCGACAUUCAAAUGUAUCUAGAUCGCUUAGCAAUGACAAACAAUGUGCAAGAGUUUGUAAAAAAGAAUCCAUUUGGUAAACUCCCCAUUACACAGACUCAUGUGGAAUGGAACCACUAUCAGGAUCUUUUGAAGUAGUAUACAGAGGAGAAGGCGGUUGAGACACUAAAUGUUAUCACCUCUGCUCAGCCAAUGCAAACUACCCUCAAUCAUGCAUAC